AUGUUCUAUCUACCAAUGACAAAGCCAGCCAUGGCUGAAACCCUGGACCCAUUGUCACCCACAGUGAACAGUUCAGGACGGAGUGAACUAGGCAUCAUGGAUAAAUUGAGGUUAAGGAUCGGAAGAGGAGGAUCUGCUACCAGACCGGCGAGUGAAGGAUAUGUCGAGUUUGGUGAGUUCAGGACGGAGAGGCCUGGCAUCAAGAAGGUGGGCACCUUCGCUGGAGUGUUCUGUCCGGUGGUGCUGUCCAUGUUCAGCGCGCUAGUCUUUAUACGAAUGGGAUAUUUGGUGGGCAACGCAGGCCUGCUGGUGACCCUCGGUCAGUUUGGACUGGCCUACUUGAUUGUGAUAUUCACGGUGACAUCAAUCUGCGCUAUAUCCACCAAUGGAGCUGUUGAAGGUGGAGUUAUGAUUAGCAGAACGUUAGGUCCAGAAUUCGGUGGUGCGGUCGGGACGUUGUUCUUCUUCGCAAACGUGGUGUCUAGCGCGCUCUGCAUAUCAGCGUGUACUGAAGCUCUGGUAGAAAAUUUUGGAGAAAAUGGUUAUCUGGUAGGAGCCAACACAGGUAUUCCAGAUGGCUGGUGGUACCGUUUCAUGUACCGUUCAGGGUUGAAUGCAAUCGGCCUUGGAGUGUCCUUGGCCGGAGCCUCACUCUUCGCCCGCACCAGCUUGGCCAUCUGGAUGAGCAUGGUCAUAUGUCUUGGCAGUGCUUUCCUCAGCUUCUUUAUCACACCUAUGGCUACAAUUCCAAAACCCGAUACAAAUCAUUUAGUAAAUAUAACAGGAUUCAACUAUACUGGUCUAAGUUCCACGACGCUGUAUGAUAACCUGUAUCCUGCUUACGGACGGGACUAUACGACCACGGAUGGUCAGAUGGUGGAUUUCGCGUCAGUUUUUGGAGUCCUAUUCACUGGGGUCACUGGUGUUAUGGCUGGGGCUAACAUGAGCGUGUGGGAGAGCCAUGCUUCGGCACGAAUGGGUCGGCUCGACCGGAGUAAUACCACGGCCUCACAGAAAACCGGCGUGAAACAACCACAGCGUUGUGUUUCGCCGUGUGAACUGAAGAACCCUUCCCGCAGUAUUCCGUUUGGUACCCUGGCGGCUUUGCUGUUCACAUUCAUCUCCUACCUGGCACUGAGCCUGCUGACCGCCGCCACGUGCACCCGAGACCUCCUCAUCAAUAACUACGUGUACCUCCUACCUAUAAAUAUUUGGCCUCCUUUUAUUGCCGUUGGAAUGCUAAUGGCUACAUUCUCAGCUGGACUUUCAAAUUUAAUUGGAGCAUCUAGGGUGUUGGAGGCGCUGGCAAAAGAUAAUAUUUAUGGCUUCCUCCUCAAACCCAUGGUGUCUCGAUCGGGUAACCCUGUGAUAGCAGUCCUCACAUCAUGGCUCCUGGUUCAGAUCGGCAUCAUGGCGGACUCCCUGAACGCCAUAGCACAAGUCAACUCUGUUCUCUUCAUGACCAGCUAUUUCGCCAUCAACCUGGCUUGCCUUGGACUUGAUCUGGCUUCGGCUCCUAAUUUUAGGCCAACAUUCAAGCAAUUUUCAUGGAUGACGUCACUGCUCGGCCUCCUAGGCUGUGCCGGUUUGAUGUUUGGUUUGCGCGCAUUGUACUCGUGCUGCGCAGCCCUGGCCUGCGGGUCGCUGGUGGUAGCCCUGCAUUUAUUCUCCCCUGCUGCAGCGGAUCCUACCUGGGGAUCGCUCAGCCAGGCCCUUAUAUUCCACCAGGUCCGGAAAUACCUACUACUCCUGGAUCCUCGACGAGAACACGUCAAAUUCUGGCGUCCACAGAUGUUGCUACUGAUCGCGUCACCGCGCCAAGCUGCACCUCUCAUUGACUUCGUUAAUGACCAGAAAAAGGGUGGUCUCUUCGUGGUGGGGCACGUGAGGGUCGGAGAAUUGGAUGGCUCGGGAGAUCCGCUGGCGGCUGAGCACAAAUACUGGCUGAAACUGAUUGACCAUCUCAAGGUGAAAGCGUUCGUAGAGCUAAGUCUAUCGUCAUCGGUUCGGUCGGGCGCGGCGCAGUUGGCGCGGCUGGCGGGGCUCGGCGCCAUGAAACCUGACACCGUACUACUUGGGUUCAGGGACACAGCGCCACCCAUCGAUUUCUUUAGAGACCCCCUCUCCCCCUACAAGACGGAUAUCUUCGACCUAGAGUCUGGUGAGACGAUAUUCCCAACGCGCAAGCCGACAGACCCGCGCCUCUCCGCGUCAGAAUAUGUGCGCAUAGUUUCCGACGUACUAUGCGUCAAUAAGAAUGUCUGUCUGUGUCGACACUUCCAUAAAUUGGACAUGGCUAAAGUGGAACGCAAGUGUCGGUCGCUGCAGUACAUCGACGUGUGGCUGGUGGAGCUGCGCGCGGCCAGCUGCGAGGAGGCCUUCACCGUGCGAGGCCUGUUCGCGCUGCAGCUGGCCGCCGUCGUGCGCUCGGCGCGCGGCUGGCAGCAUCUGCGCCUGCGCCUGCAUGCCGUCGGCCUGCCCGCGCCGCUCCCCACCACCAUACACGAAGCAGGUCGCACAGUAACGGUGGGCGAGCGCUCUGCAUUAGAAUCCCUCGCCGCGGGCCGACCACUUGAAGAGAGACUCGACAAACUGCUCAAAUUGCUCAGGAUAAACGCCAGCAUACAUAUUGUUUCGGAAUGGCCGAAAUUGGACGAGUACAGCCGAUACUACAGCGAAGAUGAGGAUAGCCUUUACGAACGUGUGCCCCUCAGCUAUUUGCAAAUUGUAAACAAUAUAAUCAAGCAGCGUAGUUCGGAGGCGACGGCAGUGACCUUCGUCCAGCUGCCGGCGCCGCCCAAACUGUCCAAUACCGCUGCUGACGACAACAUAUGCGAACAAUACUUGAAGGUGCUAGAUGAGUUCACAAAGGACCUGCCCCCCACAAUUCUCGUCCGAGGACUAAAGUCUGUCACUUCCACAGCGCUAUAACCAGGGAGUACCUGACUCUAUGCUAAUUAGAUCUCUUAGUGCUGAUUUUCGAAAUAAAAAAUAA